AUGAAAAGGUUUUCCGAUUUUUACACAUACUCCAAGGACAAGUCCAUAUCUGUCUUUAACUUGAAAAAGAAGGAAGAAGAAAAAAAGAAAAAAGAAGAAACAGGUUGGAUGAAAAAAAUAUAUAUAGAUUUUGAGAAAACCAAGAAUGAUACAUAUUCAUAUGUGUCUAUUAAAACAGAUCAAAUGAAGGAUAAAUUUUUGAAAUGGAAUUUAAGAUAUUUUAAGGUGAAUCAUUCAAAGUAUGAGCAUUUUCCAUGGUAUACGAGAUUAUAUUAUAUAAUCAAGGAUUAUAUUUAUAGUAUGUUAAAAAUAAAGGAAGAAGGUAUUGACACUUAUGAAGGACAUGUAUGUCCAAAUGAAAAGAAAAUAUCUCGAUUAACAUCAACAUUUGAAAAUUUUGAUUUUAAAAAUAGAUACACACAAAAACAGUCUGAAGAUUCAAUGAUUUAUAAAUAUAGGGAAAAUUUAAAGAAAGAAAAAACUAAUGAUAGUUAUCUCAGUGAACGUAGUCAGUCCGAGAUAACCCGAAGGAAUUUGUCGAAUGAAAUGGUAUCAAUGAAGGGAACUGACAGUAAGCUGUUUGAAGAAAUGUAUUAUAAUAAUAAGAAUGACAACAACAAUAAUAAUGACAACAACAAUGAGAAUAAUAAUAAUAAUAGUAAUAAUAAUAAUAAUAAUAAUGAUUAUAAGUAUAGAUUGAAAAAUUUAAUGUCUAUUGGGAAUACAACCAAUGAAAAAGUUUAUUCUGAAAAUGAAUCCAAGGUUACACGUACUAAUACUGUUGAUAAAAAUGAGAAUGAUCAUUUUUUAAAUAUAGAGAAUUCUCCAAAAUUUAAUAUAAAAAAUACAUGGGAAAAAUUAAGCGGAUACAUUUCAUAA